AUUGGCUGGCCUCUAUGCCCGGUAAGAAAUAGGAGACGAUAGCGCACCGAGAGCGGCUUAUCCACGAGGCCGCUCCACCGUGUCGGGAAGCUCACAUGGCUCUUCUCCUUCCUCCCCUCCUCUCCUUCGCUCCUCCUUCCUCCUCCUCUCCUCCGACGCUUUACCUUCCCGUUUCAGCUCGUCUCUCCUUGAGGUUGCAGAGGAACCUCAUUCUUCAACCAAGAUCCUUCGAUGGACUGACUGUUUCCUUGCCUUGUGCAUUCGCGGAGAGGAGGUUGACGAUUGUUCAUGCAUCUUCGGAGACCGAUGGGAACGAGGGAAGUGAAGCCGAGGCUAUGUCGGUGGAGAAUCUUCCUCUCGAGUCGAAGAUGCAGCUAAAACUUGAGCAGAAGCUGAGGAUGAAGCUUGCCAAGAAGAUUAGGCUUCGGAGGAAAAGGCUUUUGCGGAAGCGGAGGAUGAGGAAGAAGGGACGAUGGCCGCCUUCAAAGAUGAAGAAGCUUAAGAAUGUAUGAUCGACAAAAAUACGACGGGGUGCAAGCAUUGACUUUGCAUUUCUUGUAUUGUGUACUGGUAAAAGACUUUUCUACAAAUGCAUUGACUUUUCUACAAA